AGUGGUUAAAAUUCACUCCACAGAAACAACCCAGUUACCCUAUGCGCACAAACAUCUUGCCGUAUGCAACUUAGAUCGUUUCUACCUCUUCUAAACAACAUGGCGCUACGGUUUGCAGCUGUAGGGGGAUAGAGACUAGAAAAAUAUAAAGCAGAGUAAUAUUUUCUUUAUUAUUAUUUAUUUAUUUAUUUACUUUUUCAGACUGCAAGAGAUAACCGGGCAUUCUGCACAGCAUUUUUCUGCAAGCAGAAUGUGUACCGCGGUGGUGCAGUCAAAUCUUUAGUGUUACCAGACUUGCGAUGACAGGUUGUGUGUAGGCUGCUCACCUGUUAUGACGAGGAAGUUAUUCUGAUGAUAGAGCUGUCUGAAGUGACUCUAGGGAAAAGAGAUAACAACUUGAUGUCUAGAGAGGAAAAGAACUCCAGAUACAACAAAUGCUAUGGAGAACAAAAUGUGCAUUACCAUUAGGCAUAGUUUCAAAUAACGCAUGUCCUCGGGGACACAUAAAGCAAGAUAUCUAAUUUAUUAUUGAGAAAUAAGUUCCAAAAUGAAUGAAGACAAUUUUUCUUACCAUCCUCAAGAAGUGAAAGAAAGAGAAAAACUUCCUCCAAUAUUGACUUCUUCUGCAUCUGGGGGUACAGACAGAGCGACAAAAAGCCACUUCACCUUCAGUAGUUUCAUCUCAACCAUCAACCAGAAGAAAGAAGCAGCUAGCAGGCGGAAUCUGGCAGCACAGCUUGUCAAACAAAAUGGCAAAAGUGUGAGAGAGCUGCCUCCCAUCUGUCCUGGUGUCCGACAAAAACAACGCCUCUCCAUCGAGACUCUCCACCCAGAGAUGAAGGCUCCUAUCCCCCCAGAGAUGAAGGCUCCUAUCCCCCCAGAGAUGAAGGCGCCUAUCCCCCCAGAGAUGAAGGCUCCCAUCCCCCCAGAGAUGAAGGCGCCUAUCCCCCCAGAGAUGAAGGCUCCUAUCCCCCCAGAGAUGAAGGCUCCUAUCCCCCCAGAGAUGAAGGCUCCUUUCCCCCCAGAGCCCUCCAGAGUCAUUCCAAUCUGCACAAAGACAGCCAAAGAGUUUCAGGAGGAUAUGGAAAAAGCAAAGACAUCAGGGGACUGGACAUCUGUACAUGAUUUCUACCUCACUACAUUCAACUCUUUUCUGGAAUUGAACGCAGCUUUUAAGAAAGAUGCAAAUGCUCCAUUUAACACCAUUGAAGAUUCAGGGAUUAAUAUCAAAUAUCUAAAUGCUGUUUAUGAUUCCUUACUCAGUACCCCACCGGACACACAAAAAGCUGUGCUGAAGGGCAUCAUUAACAGUUUGUUAAGAGAAUGGAAAGGGGCUCGGACUAAAGAUGACCUUAGAGCUUACUUUACACUGGUACAGAAUCCUCAGUACACAAGCACGCCAACGUAUGUCAUCUUCGCACACUUGCUGAGACAAAUAGCUACCUUGGCUGAAGCUGACCACCAUUUUUUAGUUCACUGGUUUACAAAGCUUUCUCAGCGGAGGUUCAAACAGCUGGUUGACAGAUUGCUUCAGUUCAUAUCCCUGCGACUCUUUCCAGCAAAAUCUGAGGAGCUUCCACCAAUGGGGAAAUGCACCUGGUGGAAUCCUUCAGCAACCAAAGUCCUUGCUUUACUCAAUGCAGCCAAUAGCAUUUCAAAUCCUCCAAUUAUCCCUUUCACGGAUUUCUAUAACUUAACACUGGAUCACAUUGACAUCAUGGAAGAGUAUAACACCUGGCAUUCCUAUGGGAAUUCACACAGGUUCUCUUUCUGCCAGUUCCCUUUUAUUCUUUCAAUUGCAGCAAAGAAAACCAUAACCCAAAGAGACUCUGAGCAGCAGAUGAUCAGUAUUGCCAGACAAAGCCUUGUGGACAAAGUGUCUCGCAGACAGAGGCCGGACAUGACCCUGCUGUUCCUCAACAUUAAACUGACAAGAAAGAGAGCAGAUCUAAAGAAGAAACUGAAGGUCACCUUUGUUGGGGAAGCAGGGUUAGACAUGGGCGGCCUGACAAAGGAGUGGUUUCUACUCCUGAUUCGACAGAUUUUUCACGCUGACUACGGUAUGUUUGCAUAUCAGAUGGAUUCACAUUGCCAUUGGUUUAGUAGCUUGAAAUGUGACAAUUACUCUGAAUUUCGAUUGGUUGGAACUCUGAUGGGCCUGGCUGUGUAUAAUGGCAUCACUCUGGACAUUCGGUUUCCACCUUGCUGCUAUAAGAAGCUGUUGAGUCCUCCCAUAGUUCCAUGUGACCAGAACACUCCUGUGGGAAGCGCAGCUGUCAGCCUGGAUGACUUGCAGCUAGUCAUGCCUGAACUGGCACAUGGGCUUAAUGAACUCUUAGCUUAUGAAGGCAAUGUGGAAGAAGACUUUUGUUCAACUUUUCAGGUUUUCCAGGAGGAAUUUGGAAUCCUAAAAUCUUAUAACCUCAAACCAGGUGGUGACAGAAUCCCUGUUACCAAUCAGAACAGAAAAGAAUAUGUUCAACUCUAUGUAGACUUCCUUCUCAACAAAUCCAUGUACAAACAGUUUGCAGCUUUCUAUUAUGGAUUCCAUAGUGUCUGUGCCUCAAACGCACUGAUGCUUCUCCGGCCAGAGGAGGUUGAGAUCCUGGUGUGUGGCUGUCCUGAACUUGACAUGCAUACUUUACAGAAAGUAGCCCAGUAUGAAGGAUACACCAAGACAGACCCAACCAUCCGAUAUUUCUGGGAUGUGGUUUUAGGAUUCCCUCUAGAACUUCAGAAGAAGUUGUUACAUUUUACCACAGGAAGUGACAGGGUACCAGUUGGGGGAAUGGUAGACCUGAACUUUAAAAUUGCAAAGCAUGACGUCUCGACUGAUUGGUUGCCAAUAUCCCACACCUGUUUCAACCAGCUUUGCCUACCUCUGUACAAGAGCAAGAAAGAACUUAAGCAAAAGUUAACUAUUGCCAUUUCAAAUGCAGAAGGGUUUGGUAUGGAGUAGAGGCACAAAAUGAAAUAUUAAAAUGUAAACUGAUUUACUUUGUUUUUACGGGGUCACCCACUUGUAUUGUAAAUGCUCUUUAUGAAUAUAGGGUUGUAAUGAAAACAUCACGAAGGUCCUUGAUGACCAAAAUAAGGCUUUUGAUCAAGGAAACUGUUUAAAAAGGCAGGUUUAUAAUGGCAGCCUCCUCUCAGGAUUAGUGGUACGAUUGUGUUGUAUAUUUUCUGUUUUAAUAAGGGGUUAUAGCAUGGCUUUAGCAGAUAUCAAACAUUAAGCAAUGCAAGUCAUUUUUGGGUAAGAAUGACAACAGGAAAAUUUGUGUGAAAAAGUUAUAGCAGAAGACUAGCAUGGGCAGGAGGCCAGGUGAUUCACUUUACAUUUUGCAUUUCUUGCAUUAUCCAGAUGUAAUAUCAGUUCCUUCAACCAACCAAAUAGCAGAAAACCAGUUCAAAAUAGUUUGAUGUGGCUUUUAGCUAAACUGGUUUUAGUGCUGGAUACAUUAUAGCUUGUUUGGCCUUGUUAUUUGUAUUCUGCUGUCUUCACUGAUGGAUAUACUGAUAGAUAGAUUGAAUUAAACCACACAACUUUGCUUUGUAAUGAAAUAGCAUGAAGUUACAAUAACUGUAAAAUACGUUUUUGUAUAUACAAAGACACAAAUUGCCAAGCAAAGAAGAUAUUCUUCUCAUUACAGCCCUACUGUAAGCUUUUUAAAAUAUUUGUAAAAAAUCUGAAAAUGUUUUUGGGGUUAUUGUUAUUUUUCACAAGACAAUAUUGGUAAUGCUCCAUAUGGGGUAUAUUGUUGAAGAGGGUCUUUUUUAAUGAUUUAAUAGAGGCAGAUUUAACUCUCUCUCUGCUGGUGUUUUACUCAGGGGUGAUUUAUUGAACCACUUAUUAACGCUCAAUAACAUUUAAAUGUCCAGUUAAUCAAAUAAUUAGACCAAUUAAGUAAUUGAGAGCUUGGGUGGAGCGAAAGCCAGAAGACACUGCGGCCCUCCAGGAACACCCCUGCUCUAAAUACUAACCCAUAUUCUUCACGCAGCCCUGCUCCCACCCGUGAAACAAAUGUUGAUUUUGAAAUGGGUUAUAUAAAUAGCAUAUUGAGAGCACAUUGUUUGCUGUCUUGUCUGAGUAUUUAGUGUGUAAGCUUGUUUUGUAUAUUUUGGUAUUCAAGUCUUAAUUUAGCUGUAAAUAUGUAUUGCCAUGUUCUUGUGUGAGCAACAUGAAAUAGGAUCAUGAAACAGAAGACAUUUUGUUUUCCUAUUUUGUCAUACUACUGCACAAAAACUGCCAUAAAGCUACCUACUGAUAGUAAACCCCUGUGGUGGCCUUGAACCAUAACUACCAGUAAAGGUACCUGGCCUGAUUUACUGGACAUUUUGUAAUGCAUCUGCAACUAAUUAAGAUGAAACAGCAAUUUAAAUUUGCUUACUGGGUCAGACUUGGAAUGUGCUGAUAAACAGGCUGUCUUGGGCACCACAAGAGUUACUCUGUUCACCUCAAGAAAGCGACAGCAAGUUUUUUGUUAAGAAACUGCUACUGUGUUUGUUGAUAUUUUUGUGCUUAAAUAAAACACUUCAAAUUGAAUGUGGUGAUUUAUUGUGAUAAUUUAAAGACUAUACUAUAUUUUAGAUAGUUGGGAUCUUGUGAAUGGGGUGUUGUGAUAAAGAGAGAAAGAAUCGAUGCUGUAAAUCUCCCUCCCGAUCAGAAAGGACGCUGGGUAAGGUUGGUAGUACACUUCCCCAUAGACGGGUCAACUUGAUGGUGGGCGGAAACUGGAAGUCGGCCAUCUUGGGGAAAGUGCGUAACUGCAAGUACUUUAAACAACUCCACUGCGAUCAGAUACGGGUAAGGCAGCGAUUGGAUAAAUCAUGGCAACAGGCUGAUUGCAGGGAGGAGUUUGGUGGUACAAAGGGUAUGCAGUUGCGUGAGUACGGCCCCCUUGCGCUGAAAAUGUAACUGACGGCCGGAGAGGUGUUUGUUGUUUUAUUACGUGUUUGUUUUGUUAUUGCAGAGGAGGAUUAAGAGCCAGGGGCUGCAGCCAUGGAGCCAGUCCACACCACACUGAGCACUUCCCUCACCGCACAACACCAGCACUCACCAGAGACCCGACUUUGAAGAGCACACUUUCGUGCACGGGACGUAGGAUUACAGUUGUUUAUUGUUUUUGUUUUUGAGCUUGAAUGCUCGCCGUGUACCCCUCAAUACCAUCGCUGGUAGAGGGAUGGCCAUUUUUUUUAUUAUUUAAUAAAAACACAGACAUUUUUGGAAGAA